AUGUGCUUUACAUAUUCCAGUCCCCUUCCGUCCUUGCACAAUGUGGACGCGACGAUCCGAGCCUUGCCUCCGGACGGGUUCGGGCUUGCGCUACCCUCCACAAUCGGCAACAGCACCGGCUUUCCAAUGGCCGCCCCAGCGACAGGCGGCAUCGCUUACGUGUACAGCAACGGUUCGACCUUGACAACUGCUCUCCACUCCCCAUUUCUCUGUGUCAACCUCGGCUUCUUCGCUGACGGGUCUCGUUUUCACUUCCGCCUCAGUUGUCGCAACAACAACAACAACAAAAACAACAGCAUCAUCAUCAGCACCCUUUCUCCUGUCUACUCUCUGCACCCUCGGCUUCACUUGCCUCUUCAGUGGUUCAAUCGACUCUGGCUGGCACCGGUUCCGGGCCCUCACCAGCACUCACUUGGCCGUCUCUGUCGGCCACGGCGGGCUCCUGACGCUGGUGCUCUCCUCACCUUGGCACAAUUGGCCUCGGCCGGAUUGCCAUUUCUCUUACCCUCUUGGCAGGCUUACAUGUGA